AUGUCAGGGGACGGUAAAUACUUCUCCACCACAAAGAAAGGCGAGAUACAUGAGCUCAAGGAGGAGCUCCGUGUCUUGGACAAGUCCAGAAGGAAGGACGCAGUCAAGAAGGUUAUAGCUGCGAUGACUGUGGGUAAGGACGUUUCACCCAUCUUCCCGGAUGUCGUCAACUGCAUGCAGACAGAUGAUCUGGAGCUCAAGAAACUCGUCUACCUCUACCUGAUCAACUAUGCAAAAUCUCAGCCAGACCUGGCCAUCAUGGCCGUGAACACAUUUGUCAAGGACUCGCAAGAUCCCAAUCCCCUCAUCAGGGCACUGGCAGUGCGCACGAUGGGCUGCAUCAGGGUGGACAAGAUCACAGAGUACCUGUGCGACCCUCUCCAACGGUGCCUUAAGGAUGAUGAUCCAUAUGUGCGCAAGACUGCGGCAGUGUGUGUUGCGAAACUGUAUGACAUCAACCCAGAGCUCGUGGAGGACAGGGGAUUUCUGGAGCUGCUGAAGGACCUGUUGGCAGACUCAAACCCGAUGGUGGUGGCCAAUGCGGUCGCAGCGCUGGCAGACAUCCGGGAGACGAGCACACAGGACCUGCUGGUGCUUACUAACCAGAGCCUCUUCAAGCUGCUGCGCGCUCUCAAUGAGUGCACCGAGUGGGGCCAGGUGUACAUCUUGGAUGCCAUUGCCAAGAUGCAGAUAAAGGAGGCGAAGGAUGCGGAGAGCAUAGUGGAACGAGUGGUUCCCCGCCUGCAGCACGCCAACAGCGCUGUCGUCCUCUCCGCUGUCAAGGUGGUUCUGCUGCAGCUGCCGCUGAUUGCGGACGAGACGGCGGUGAAGACCCUGGUGAAGAAGCUGGGCCCCCCACUGGUGACUUUGCUGAGCGAGGAGGCAGAGGUGCAGUACGUGGCUCUGCGAAACAUCAACCUCAUCGUGCAGAAGCACCCCGAAGUCCUCUCCCACGAGAUCAAGGCAAGCCAGCUUGAUCCACUCGAGACUUUUGUGUUCUUCUGCAAGUACAAUGACCCCAUCUACGUGAAGCUGGAGAAGCUGGACAUCAUGAUCGCGCUGGCCAACGAGCGCAACAUCGACCAGGUGUUACUGGAGCUCAAGGAGUACGCCACAGAGGUCGAUGUGGACUUUGUGCGCAAGGCGGUGCGCGCGAUAGGGCGGUGUGCUGUGACGCUGGAGCGAGCUGCAGAGCGGUGCAUCAAUGUUCUGCUGGAGCUCAUCAAGCAGAAGGUCAACUACGUUGUCCAGGAAGCUGUCGUUGUCAUCAAGGACAUAUUCCGCCGCUACCCCAACAGGUAUGAGAGCAUCAUUGCGACGCUGUGCGACAGUCUUGACAGCCUGGACGAGCCUGAGGCGCGCGCCAGCAUGGUCUGGAUCAUCGGCGAGUAUGCAGAGCGCAUCGACAAUGCAGACGAGCUGCUCGAGUCCUUCCUGGAGGCGUUCCCUGAGGAGAAUGCAGCGGUGCAGCUGCAGCUGGUGACGGCUGCCGUGAAGCUCUUCCUCAAAAACCCCCAGCCGCGCGCGCAGCAGAUGAUCCAGCUCGUGCUCACCUACGCCACCCAGGAGACGGACAACCCGGACCUGCGCGACCGCGCUUACGUGUACUGGCGGCUGCUGUCGUCCGACCCCGAGGCCGCGCGCGCCGUCGUGCUGGCCGAGAAGCCGGUCAUCUCCCAGGGGACCGCCACCAUGGACCCCCAGCUGCUCGCGACACUGCUGGGCAACCUGUCCACGCUGUCCUCCGUCUACCACCUGCCGCCCUCGUCGUUUGUGACGCGCGCCGCGCACACGCCAGCACCGUCCCUGGACAACGGGGCGCUGCAGCGCCAGCGCACGGCCACCGACGACGGCCACGCCGAGGCCGGCAGCAGCGCAGCGGUCUCGGAUGGCGCGCCCUCCCCAGCCGCCGCCUCCGCGUCGCAGCAAACCUCGUCGCUGAUCGGCGACCUGCUCGACCUUGACAUUUCAGAACCGACGCCCGCCGCCGCGCCGCCGCCGCCCCCGGUCGAAGAGCUGGUGGAGGUGGUCAAUGCGCAGAGCGGCAAGGGGCUGGCGAUCAAGGCCGGCUUCUCACGGGAAAACAACGGCCCAGUGUUCCUGCUGCAGCUGGCGAAUGGCACGCAGCAGUCUCUGGACGGCUUCAUGCUGCAAUUCAACAAGAACGCACACGGCGUUGCACCCACCUCGCAGGUGGUCUCAGUCCCCCCUCUGGGGCCGGGGGAGACCGCCGGCGCUUCGGUGCCCCUGACCACCAACCCCGCCCUUAUAAACCCCGCCGCCAACCCCAGCGUCAUCCAGGUGGCGAUCAGGAACAACCAGCAGGGCGUCCUCUACUUCUCCAGCAACUUCAAACCGGAGGUACUCGCGGCGCCCGCGCAGUCGGCCGCGCCCCUGGACGAUUUCUUUGGCUUGUGAGGGUAAGCUUGCUCUGGAGUGAUGAGGGAUCAUCUUGCGCAGUACACAAUGGGCAGUAAUGGAUAUCAAACAGCAAUUUACAAACUAUUCAGAGCCUGUGAGUUGAUGCUCCUGGAUAUUCCUGACACAGUCAGACCUGUCAUAGAUACUGUCCGUUCCUGCUUGUCAUGUUGAUGGAACAAGGGGUGGGCAUGUCCUGCCUGCUUUUUCGCCUCAUCCACCAGCAUAUUCAUGUUGAACAAGGACUUUCACUGUAAGCAGGCAACAGGUCUUUCAC